CUGCGGCAGUGGCAGCGCCGGGGGCUCGGUCCCUGCGCUCCCCGGGCUCGCCGCUUCUCGCCCCGGCAUUCCCGGUGGGGCGGAGGCGGCGGCGGUGCCCGCAGGUGGGCAGGGCUGGCCGGGUGUCGCUGCUCUUUCGUGAAUGGCAAGUUUGCCGUAACUUUUUUUAGUAUUUCUCCGGACUGUGGCCUUUUCUGAGUCUUGCAUAUUUACCUCUUCUGUGUUUAUGGAAAAAAAGCAACUGUUGAAGAAUUGAAGUCUUUUCCUAACAUGAGAAUGAAAUGAGGAAGUUGUAGAACUUUGACUUGGCGCAGUAGUCUCAUUUGCUGCAGAAAGUUAAACUAAUCCCAAGAAUUCAUGUAAAGAAAAUUAAAGCCUAAAAUGUCAUCUGAAAAGGAACAGUUUUUUUGUGAUAAAAAGGAAAUUAGUUUCUUAAAUCACAAUGCUGUGAGGAAUUGUUCUACAGAUUCUACUUUGGAAAAAGAACCGGUGAAUGAUCCUUUAAGUAUGAGGAUUCAACCAACAAUUUUAGAUGUCAAUCUUACUUAUGAACUAAAAAAUGUGAAAAUCGAACUACCCAAGGUGAACAUUCCAAAUGAAGUAUUAGUGAAACAUGAAGUUGAUAGGUUUAGAGAACUCUUUCAGUGUAAGCAGCAAACUACAAGGAAGUCCUUAAGGCUAGAGAAAAUAAAUGGAAGCAAUCCUGAUUGUUCAGAGAGAAGCCACUUGCAAAAUAAACCAGAAGUGCAAUUUGAAAAAGAGUUGAGAACUGCAGCAAAGGUAGUGAAUUUCACUUGUACAAAGUGCAAGGAUAACAUUAGAUACAGCCCAAAUGAUCUCCAGAAACAUUUUCAGCUGUUACACUAUGGCGAGUUGCCUUUGUAUCCUUGUGAGAUGUGCAGCUUCUCAGCGAAUGACUUCCAGUCCUUUAAACAGCAUCGGCGCAUCCAUCGUAGCACUUUGGUAAAAUGUGAGCUCUGUAAUGAUGAACAGAUAUACACUUUGUUGGAUCUGACAAAACACUUCAUAUCAAAGCAUUGUGUAAAUGGUCACUUUCAAUGUGAAAAAUGUGCAUUUUCUACCCAUGAUGUGGGCACGUUUGUUCAGCACAUUCACAGACAUAAAGAGAUUCCCUAUAAGUGUGGAAAAUGCCACCAAGAAAACUUCACAGAAGAAGAGCUCCAAAAUAAUCAUCUUGUUAAUACCAGUAUGUUUUCUUUUGGUUGUCAUUAUUGCAGUUACAGCACAUCGCGGAAAGAUUAUCUUUUAAAACACAUCAUAGCUUUACACAGAGACCACUUUAUUGCAAAAGAAAAACCGGAAAAGGAUAAAUAUGAAAAAAGAAUAGUGAAGACUCCAGCAGGACUGAAGCUUGUGUUAAAAAGGUAUAAAAUAGGAGCAUCAAAAAAAGCAUUCUGGAGAAGGAAAGAAGUAAGCAGUGGAAGCGACAAUACUGGAGAAGAAAAUGCACAAGUGCUAAGAAGUGUGAAUAAAAUUCAGACAAAUGCUGAGGAGCUGAACCAGUGUGUGAAAGACAUGGAAACAAAUGAAGAAAAAGAUCAGGUUAAGUACACAGAAAAGUGUAAUUUCAUGGAUGGAAUGUUCUCUGCUACUACUGCACAAUACAAUAAGGCAGAUGAUGGAACAAGUUACGGCCUGGGAUUAUUGAAAAAUGCUGUUCAUGGCCCAACAGUGUUGAUGGUUAAAAACAAUCAAAUAUCUGUUCCGGCAAAUUACAGUGCUAAAUUUAUGGGCUUUAAAAUGGUAGAUGGAAAACAACAUAUUGUUAUAAAAUUACUACCUACAAGCAAGCAAAAUGAGUAUUACUUGGGUCAGGAAGCUGAUCCUAUUAAAGAUGGUUCUGCAGCUCCUUUGCUACAGACUUCUGAUCCCUGUGGUUUGUCUUCAGGUGCUAUAGCACAUGUAGCUGAUCAGUCAACCUUAAAGAACAAUUCUGUUCACACAUUAACUUCCCCUCCAUUUUCUUGUCCUGCACGUCAUUCAGGAAAGAUAAAAGUGGAAAAACAAAAUAACUCCAUAUUGUAUGGCAGGAGUGUUUCUGAAACUGUAGCACCUUCUAAUAUAGCUGUAGGAAAAAGUUCAAAUUGUUUGCCAAUGAAGUUGGGCUCAACUGUACCUCCACAUGACAAGGUAACAAAAGUUGGAACUCAAAACAGUGUCUCAUGGGGAAACUUCAGCCCUUCAAGUCAUCCUCAGGUAUUACCACCCGCCAUGACAAAUACACUUCAUUAUGACCCUAUGAAAAUGCCCUUCUUUUCUGAACUGAAAAUACAAAAUGGUGGCCUGAAUAAUAGUAAUGGAACUAAUAAUCCCUAUUAUUCAACUUCAAUGGAUUCUUCUAAUGGAAAGUUGUUGUCUUUUCACAACUAUUCCAAAAUGGACUUUUUGGAUAAUCCACGUAGCAUUUGGAUGUCAAGAAAUGACAGACGCAAAAAAUUUGCAGCUAGCAAAACAGUUUCUUUUCAGAACAGUGGGAGUGAAUCUGCAUCUUCAUAUUCAGAGUCGAUGAAAGGCUUAAAAGCAGAGAAAGUUGUGUCAGCCCAAUCAAAUAUUAAUAAAACUUAUGAACAUAUAAACACUAAAAAUAACUCUGUGUCUCUUAAAAGCCAAUCUAAAUGUGGUGUUGACAGCGAGUGUUUUAUGGAGGACCAGCAUCAUGACCAGCAGUAUUUGGACACUAACAUAGAUCAAGGCUUUCAGAACGUAGCUGAGAAAUUCCAAGAAAAUGCCUCUGAUUGCCUUAACUCUUUCUUAAUGCCUAAAAUCACGUCUGUUUUCUCCUUGCAAAGUGAACAAGCAGCUAAUUAUUUAUCGCCUGAAAUAAAAGAGAUGCUGCAAGAUGUGUUAAAAGUGAAAACAACUUCUCAGCAAGAGUUCCCCAGCAAGACAAAUAACUGUGUAAAACUUCAUUCUGACAAGCUGCUUUCUGGUCAUGAGACCAGGAAUACAGCCUUCAUGCAUCUAAAAAGCUCUGCAAAUACAUGUGGUUUUCAGAGCCUUCCUUCUAGUGUAGAAUAUAAGAGAGAGCUGAACACAAGAUGUAGCACAAAUGAAGGUACACAUUGUGGGAGAGAAAGACAGACAUCCAGAACAUCAUUUGAUUCACAGGGUGUGGACAAAUUAUCCAUAACUCCAGGUGCUGGUACAUUGUUAAAAACUUGUACAGAUUCAGUCAUAACACAGCAGUUAGUAAAAGACAAAAUACUGUCUGCGGCUCAAAAUCCCAGCAGCUUUUCACCUGUUUUACCUGUUGUUCAGGAACAGAAGAAAACCCUUUUCUUUAAGUCCCUUCCAUCAGGAUUUUUUGUUCCUUUGCACCUUGCUACCCAGCCUGGACAACAGGUGGCUUCAGGAAAAUCAACCAGUUCGUCAGAUGGGCAUGUGACUAAAGAUGUACCUGCAUCUUUUGCUUCAAGUAAAGGACCUGGAAUGAGUUUGACUUUUAGCGGGGCAGUUGGAACAGCUGCAAGUGCCGCUAAUGAUAGUUCUCAGGUUUUAGGGGGAUUUGCAUCCAGAGAAUUUGGUGAAAUAACCAUAUCACCUUCAAAAGUGAAGGCGGAAAAUGACAGUGUUGGAAGUGUAAGAAGUUCCUGUAGCAGGGAAGCAUGUAGUACAGCAAAUGAUUCGUUGAAUAGCAUGCCAUUCAGAGGAUCUCCUGUAACUACAAAUGCAUGGGAGUCAUCUGUGAAAGGAAUUUCUUCUGUGGAAGUGUUAUCAGAGCAUCAGGAUGCUGUCUUUGGUUCUUUGGAGUCAAUAAACCAACGGGAAAUUAAACAGGAACAAGAUGUUUAUGCACUUUCGCCUGAUGGACAGCAGGGAGCUUUUCUGAAAUGUAUGACACCAAACAAGCCUGUAGUUCAUAAACCAAUUUUUUUUCAUGAUAAUUCUCAUCAUCAAAAUUGUCAACCAAAGAAAACUGGAGCCAUGCAACAACAGCUUUUGCUGAAAAUGAAGCCUCCUACUUCAGAUACACUGGCUGAUACCACUCAGUCAGUGAGCAACUCAGUGCCCUCACUACAGGUGGAUAACUUGCAGUUCCUUACUCCUGCACUAGCACAGAAACAAACUAAUCUUAGUUUUAAUAAUGCCUUAAUCUUACCAGGUGGGUUAAUGCCAGCAAAUGCCUCUUUGGCAAGCUCUAAUCCAGCAUGUUGUGUUCCUCCUGUGGAACCUGUUUAUUCUACUAAAUCUGCAGGGACACGAUUGCAGAAUGGUUCUAUUGAGAGAACACAAGUAAUAACUGCUAACAACAGGAAUAACUUCAGUUGUCAGAAGUCCACAUGGAGCACCCAAAACAGAACUGCAAAAGUAAAACCUCGUUUAAAACAAAGGGGCUCUAAAAGUUCAGAAACUCGGGGUGUGCAAAGAAAUAAGAAUUUCAAACGUAAAAGAAAGGCCAGUUGCCCAGAACCUCCAAGAAAGAAAGUAAUGUUGCACAGAAAGUGUAAGGAAAAGAAUCAGGCUGCAGUUGUUAGUGAAUCGGGUAGCCCCUACAAACAAAGGGCAUCAAAAAAAACCGUGAGGACUUUGAAAUUACUUCCUUUUAAUUCUAACCAGCUUGUAAAAUGCCCUCGGAGAAACCAACCAGUGGUUGUGCUUAACCAUCCUGAUGUAGAUGUUCCAGAAGUUGUAAAUCUAAUGAAAACCAUUGCUAAAUUUAAGGGACAUGUUCUUAAGGUUUCAUUGUCAAAAAGAACUCUUGAAGCGCUUCUACAGCCAGCCUUCUGCAAUCCUUUGGAUGUAACUACUGAUGUUUUUUCUCAAAAAAGAUACAGGACAAUAAAACCUAUUAGCCCUGUAAAAGAAAGAUUUGUCUUAAAAUUGACACUGAAGAAGACUAGCAAAAACAAUUACCAGAUUGUAAAAACUACCUCUAAUAAUACCUUGAAAGCUAAGUUUAGCUGCUGGUUUUGUGGUAGAAUAUUUGACAAUCAGGAUAAUUGGGUAGGACAUGGACAGAGACAUCUGAUGGAGGCCACUCGAGAUUGGAAUUCGUUAAUGAUGACCGGUGAAGAAUAUAAAACUUAAAUACCAUGCAUUAAAGUUUUUAAAAAAAUAUUCAGUUGAAUUAGGAUACACAAGUGAUUUCGGUUUUUAUAUCAGUAUUGUAACUGAAGUUCAAAAAUGAUGCAAAGUGCUUGUGUUUUUAAAAAAAGAGCAUAUUCCCUAUUGGCCUCAGCUUUGAGAAAGAUCAAGGAGCUUUGUGGUUUAAAUAACUUGUAACUAACUGCAAAUACAAUUCCAUAAAAAGAUAUAUUAUUUUUUAUUACUACUAUCAUGUGCUAUAUUUUUAUUCUGUAGAAUGAAUCUUCAGGGCUUUUGUUCUGUACAUAUUUAAAAAUCCCUAAACAUGUAAAUAUUUUUAUACUUUUCAAUUACUUGGUAUAAUUCUUGCACAGAAAUUACAGCCCCUCCCCCAUUUUUCAGUUCUGUGCAUGCACUACUAAAACCAAUUUUUAAAAUCUUUUCAGAUACACACAGUUGUUAUCCUGGGAUUUUUGUUAUUUUCACUUAUUAGCUCUUGAUUUUGUUUUUCAGGGAUUGAACACUAUUGUUAGCAAGUGCCUCAAAGAUGUGAAGCAGUUUACAUUGUCGACUGUGUAACCGUGGGUCUGUAUUGGGCCAUUUCCCCAACAGUUUCAUUUAAACAAAGCCAUAUGUGAAUGCUUUAAGCUAUAUUUCUAUGCACAUGACACUUGUACUAUUUCUGUGCAGUUUGUCUACUUUCUUAGUGAAGUAUUUUUCAUAUAAAUUAAUAAAACGUUACGUUUGUGUUAAUACGGUGAGUCAGAAUAAAAUCGAUUGAAAAUAUACAGUAUAUAUAUUCAUAAUGUAUAUGGUGUUAAAGAAUGGUGAACAUUCCUAAUCUGUAUUGACUUUGUCACUAUUAAAUUUGCUACAACUUGUGUUUACAGAAGAUGACUGUGAGCAUUUAUAGAAAAUAUUCCUGUCUUGUUACAUCUGCCACAAACCCAGUAUUGGGAAGUGCAGAGCACCAUUUCAGGCCUGUAACUGCAUUAUAGUUUUGUCCCAGGUGGGCGUAAUUUGUUCUAUGCUAUUGCUUAUUAAGAUACACUGCCUUAUAGGGUACCAGGGGUUUGGCAAAACCAAGGCUUGAGUCACUCCUCCCUCAUUUUACCAACCAGUAGGGUAAUGUUCUUAGGAGCCUGCUGGCUUCCUACUUACAUAUUUUGGGAUGAUGAUGAAGAGAGAAUAUGCUUCACAUUUUUUAAUGUUUAUGAGGGUAUGUAAACAAAAGUCUGUAUCCAUAGUGACUGAGAGUACACAGGUGGAGCUCCUUAUUAUCCACAGUAAUUAUUAUUUGUAGAGGCUUUGUCCUUCAGAUUUUUAAUGAAGCGGGUGGCUGAAAGUUCCAGACCUUUUGCCCAAGUACGGCAGGAUUACAUCUUAGGCGUGCCAGUCAGCUUCCCAAAGUAGUGAUGGAAAAAUUUCCAAAAUUGUGUACUGGGCUUGGAGAAGACUGAGGUAUUUAAAUCUUGGGGAUUUUAGAUUGUAUGCAAGCCCAGGUAGUUCUCUGUGACUAUUUCUGUAAGGUGAAAAUGAAGAUUGCCUUGCUACCCAUGAAACAGUUUGAACUCUUUCAUGGAUGGCACAGACAUGUCCACUAACCUGAAUUCAGCUUCUGUGUUAAAAGUGUUAAAAUUAUUAAAAAAAAAAAUCAUUGGCUAGAUACGUUUUUGUUUCUUUAUGUGUCUGUUGGCAGGAAGAUGCACACUAGCUUCUUGUAGCUGGUGAGUUAUGUAUGGGAGCCAACUGAAGCAGUCAAGGCAGCAUAGUUUGGGUGAAUUGCAGGUUAGUGUCAGGUUAGUGUGUGUUGGUAUUACAUACAGUUGUUAUGUGUUUUGUAUCAAAAUUAGAUCAUUUUGUGCUGCACAAUGGGUUUGAGCUCUGACAUUAAUUUGGCUAGGAACUUUGAAGAUGACUAGUGUAGUGGUGAGGAAGUACGUUGACAAGAAACAGGAUUAGGAAGGACAAAAGCAUGUUAAGCUUUUUUGACUGGAAGGAUCAAUCUCUCAUCCGCCUCAGCUUGCUCUCCUAUAAACCCUGAAACUGAAUCUGUGAAUUUUGCAUAUUGCCUUUGCCUUUUUUGGUAAAAUAUCUAUAAAGCUAUUUGCUAAACCUACUUGGUGCAACUUCAGCAAGAAUGACCAGUUUUAGUUAACAAUUAUGUAGCACCAAGAUGGAAGUUCUACUGUAGGAGGGUUUCUCUAUAUUUAUGAAUCAUGAGAGUGACAAUUAUCACUGGAAUUUUUUUCUCACUGGCUUGUUCUAUAAAUUGAGUAACCUUAAGUAGUACUGUAAAACUAGGAAAUGUUGAAAUAAGUUUGCUUUAUACAAUAUUAGUUCCCUGUUGUGUCACUUUAUCCACAGACAUCCAUCUCAUUCAGUGCAGAGAACUGUUGCUCCCUCCUGAGUAGAGAUUUAAUACUUUGUUUCCCCACCAUUAAUUACUGUCCUUGUAUUAUUUAGCACACAUUGCUCAAGUACUGUUCUGAAUACAUAAUUCUUUUAUUCUUAUGAGCUUUUCCAUAAUGCUUUGUUUGAGGUCCUAAGAGUCUGGCACUUCUGUAGAUCAGAUUUCAGAGAAUUUCAUUUAAGACUUCAGUGAAAUUAAGGUCACAAUUAAUGGUGUCAGGAGAAAAUCUGGCUUAAGCAAUCUGACUGGUGUCACAGUGGAUGGUGCAGUAAAAGGUUCAGGUCAGUUCUUCAAAGAAAUGUUCAACUGCUUUAACAUAUGAAGCUAUCUUUUUACUGGCUGACUCUUGCAAUGUUGGUGCAUUUCUCAGCAUCUUCAGUAAAUGGAUAAGGUACCUUACAAAUACCCUACAAAACAGAGUCUUUAAUUACGUGCCUAUAAUUUAUCCAUGGAAUAUUUUUUGAACCAAGUGAAAUAUGUAACUCCACAUGGAAGAAUAAUUAUCAUAUUUAAUGUUUGUAUUGUAAUGGAUAAAUCUGAUAUGACAAAUUAGAAUUGCACAGGUAGCCUGAUUUGAAGAGUGCUUGACUUUUCAACUGUAACACUUUAAGACAGCUCAUAACAUUGAACACAUGGCAAGAUAAGAAAACCUUAAGUUGGUUAUAGCAUUUUUGGGACACACAGAAAUAGAUGCAAGCGCAGGGUUGUCAACUGUUUGUACAGUAUUUGUGUUAACCAUUGAGGAGGCCUAAAAUCGAGCCCACUGUAUAUUCUUCAAGAUGUGUAUUCAUCAGUACAUCAGAGUUGCCCUUCCUCAGCAAUUCCAGUGUUUCAACAGAAAUUUGUUACAGAGCUCUUGUCAUGUGAGAAGU